UUUAAACCUGUUUCUCCCUUUAUUAUACAGAACCCCCUAGACUAAGUGGAGAUGUGAUGCCAGCAGUGUGAAAUUGUUUCUUUCCAAACUUUGUUAUGUUCCUGUCUGUCUACCAGAUCAAUUUGUCAAGUUGCUUUAGCUUCCAGGAAAAAACUGGAAAGGGGCUUUUAUAGAGAUGAUACUCUUUAUGCACCCAGCAGAUUUCUGUUUUUACUAUCAGAUGCCCUUCUAGAGGGACCAGCUGAACUCUGAGCAGAUGGCACAGCUCACACUGGAGGGAGGGUUUGGGAAGAAGACACUGUAAAGAGACUUCCAGCUACCAAGAGGAAAACUCUUGGUAAGAUGACCCCCAUCCCUCUUCCCCUGCAUCAUUCCCAGCCACACAACUGACUCUCUCCCUCUCCCAGGCAGUGGUGCUCACCAGACAUGAACAUGGCAGAAUUCUGUUUUUCCUCGUUCGUAAUUGCUUUAGUGUGUUAAAUUGGCUCACAGAGGGUUUGCAGAGCAUCACAGCCCAUCUAAGGUGUUAGAAGGGGGAAAAGAGGAAUUAAAACAGCAGUGUUCACUCUUAGAUUUGUUCACUGCUUUUCACUGACAUGGUUUUACUUGACAGCUGAGACAAACAGUGUCUGGAUCAGAAAAGGCUCCAUCCUUUCUGGUUCUCCCUCCCCAAAAUGUUUGUCUUGGCACUCAUUCAUAAUCAUGCUUGUUCAACUCACCAACCCAGCAGAGAAAAAAUGCAAAAUACAUUUUUAAUUGCUUGUGCUGCUGCCUUAGCAAGUUAGCAUCAAGGCAAGCUGUGACAACAAAGCCCAGUAAAGGGGUGUGGGAUUGGAAACAUGAUGGAAAGGCACAGGGCUUCACCUCGCAGAUUGUGCAUCUGGUGGUUUGUAUCAAGCAGUUUUCUUAAAUUGUGCUCUGAAUCGCACCAGCAGGGACGCUGCAAGGGUGGUAUAGGAAACGUAGGCUCAUUAAACAACUGAGAUCUUCAGCAUCACGUUCCCCAGGACAUCCCGAGGUGCCAUCAGGUUCUUUCUAAACGACCCCCCUCAAGGAGGACAGCUGGAAGUCUUACAUGGCAAAUGCUUGGAGGAGGGCCUGCCCACUGGAAGGAAGUUUUUCCUAUUGCUAAUGGAGACCGUCAGUCACCCAUCGACAUCAAAACUGAGGAAACCAAGUAUGAUCCUUCUCUCCGCCCUCUAAAUCCCAAUUAUGAUCCGGCUUCUGCUAAAAUCAUCCUGAACAACGGGCACUCCACCAGUGUUGAGUUUGAUGACACUGUCAACAAAUCAGUGCUGACCGGGGGGCCACUCAGCGGGACCUACAGGCUGCGCCAGAUCCACUUCCACUGGGGCUCCAACGACGAGGCCGGCUCGGAGCACACGGUGGAUGGGAUGAAGUAUGCGGCGGAGCUUCAUGUGGUCCAUUGGAAUGCAGAGAAGUAUUCCAGUUUUGUCGAGGCAGCUCGUCAGUCAGAUGGAUUAGCAGUCAUGGCUGUAUUUCUGAAGAUUGGUGAAUGCAACCCUCAGCUGAAGAAGAUCACUGACCGCUUGGACACCAUCAGAAUCAAGGGCAAACGAGCACUCUUCACAAACUUCGAUCCCAGCUGCCUGCUUCCCAAGUCCCUGGACUACUGGACUUACUUUGGCUCUCUGACCGUUCCACCUCUUCUUGAGAGUGUCAUCUGGAUUGUCCUGAGAGAACCCAUAAAUGUUUGUUCUGAGCAGCUGGCCAAAUUCCGCAGCCUCCUGAGCACCGCUGAGGAUGAGGUCGCCUGCUGCUUGCUGAGAAACUACCGGCCUCCCCAGCCUUUGAAGGGACGACAAGUCAGAAGGAAUUAAAGGAGUAAAGCCAGCGUAGUCUCCCUUUGAAGCCAACAGCUGAAUUAAUUUUAAUAGUUAAGAUACUUUGUGAUUUUUUAUUUUUUUUUUGGUAAGCUGUUUUAACAAAUAAGUGUUUUUUUGUUACUGGUUACCAUGCAGUCAUUUCUCACAGACAAAAACAUCCUGAGUUGUUGCAGGUUCAUCGAUGUUAACAGGUCUGACUGUGUUUGAGUGCGUUGGUUUGGGAGCACUGAGGCGCUGGCGUCGCACACACAGAGCGCACUGCUAAUUGUAGGGGCCAGAAUCUGCCACCAAAUUUCUGAACAGGAUUCCUGAUACUAAUGGCAGUAAAGGUUGUUCUGGGAUUAUUGCUCUGGUCUCUAACAUAACAUUUAUCUUCUAUAUAAGACUUCACACUGUAAUUCUUGAGAAAAAGAUAUUUCAAGGCUGAUAUAAUUUAAUUGCUGACUUUUGCAAUACCAUGCUUACCUUCCUACAAAAAGCAGUAAUGACUAACAGCAUUUAAGUAAAACAGAUAUUUGUGUGAUCCUAUAAUUCUGACUGCUUCAUAGCAGUAAUGAUGUACUGAUCGAUUUUCUUUUAGAAAGCAAACAGUGAGGUUUUUGUAUAUUGCAGGAUCAUGCCAGGUGGUUUAGGUAUUCCUGAAUUCCAUCACAAAUAGUGAUGAAAUUGUCCUGAAACCUGAAAACCGCAAGGUGGAAGGGCAUAGAGGGAACUGUUCCUAUAUCCACUCUGCUGCAUUUGAUGAACAAGAAGGGACUGUAACACUAUAUCCACAUAGCAUCAGACUUGUACCACUUAGAAUCAGGGGCAGGGGCAGCUGUUGCUCCAGGCUGUUUCAUACGAGACAGGUUGCACACUGCAGUGCAAAACACGUGCUGAAUACCUCACAUUGUGCAGUGGAGCGCAGCACUUCACAGAUAUGUCAUGUCUUCUAGGUGCUGGCUGAUCUUCUGCUGGCAUAGCUGAACUUGGGUGGUUGCACGGAUAUUCCAAGACCAAAGACAGUACUUAGAGCAAGCCAAAGAAAUCAGUCAGGUCAAUAUCUAAUAAAAGAUCAGCCCUCAAUAGCCAUGUGUUGAAAUGUGUGUCUUUAUGAAUUGACUUGAGCCUGUGUCUCUCUCAGGAGCUUUUGUUAUUUGAAUAUAAUUGUUUGUUUUACGCCAAAUUUAUUUUUAUUAUUUUUAAUGAACAUUCCAUAGGAUAUAGCUUAGUAUAGGAUUAGAUUUACUCUUGAACUGUGAGAACUACAUAGUGUAAAUCAGUGAUACCAGAAAGAGGCAGCUAGAGGUUUCAUGGGAAGCAACUACCACCAGUUUCUGCAGUACUUCUGACCAACUCGUCUUCCAUGGCUGCUCUCCAUGAAUUUGUUUGUUUGUUUUUUUCUUUAAUAAGUUUUGUAGAUUGUGCCUUUUACCUCAACAGGUCUUUUGAUCUUAGAUAGACAAAUAUGAGAGAAAUCACAAUCAGGAUUGACUUUAUAUACCUUUUUUAUAACUGAAUAAAUUAGACAUAGAGACAUAGAUAUUUUAGCUUAGUUUAAGGUAGGUGGACUUUGUUUUCCCCUCCCCAGAAUAUAGCUACUGUUGCUGCAAGGCCUCACAAUGCCUUCUGAAGGAAAGGACACAAAUAGACCAUGGGAGAAAUAAAAGGCAUUUGGCAGCAGCAGCAGGUACAAGUAUUAACCAAAAGGGAAAAAUCUGCAGACACUUUUUGGUUUCUGGCAGAGGGAGAAGAAUGCAGCUGAAAAGACUUCAGGCUCGUUCUUUCUGAAUGAGGAUGAUUGGGAAGUGUGCAUGGAGAGGAACAGGAGUGUGUUGCAUGUUUUCACACCCUUUUUUAGACUUAGUGUUGGAUCUGAUAUGUUUCCGUGUCACAUAAGUAGCUGGAGAACAUGAACAAAAUGUUUACAAAUUGCAGGAAGGUUAUAAAGUUUGUUUGACUCAGAAGAUAAAGUGUUAAGGCUACUGAUUCAUAGCACAAAUAAAUGUUUUACGUGUUGUUUACAUAUUGAAAACAAUGGAGUUGAUCCAGUGUUUUCAUAUUUAUAAGGAUUUUAUUAAAAUAAAAAAAUGGAUUUUA